AUGCAGUACAUCGCCGCAUACCUCCUUUGCACAAUCGGACACGAGAAAGCCGAAGAGGCUAAAGUUAAAGAGAUCUUGGCUGCUGCUGGAGCAGAAGUCGACGAUGCUAAACUCAAGGAGGUCUUCACAUCCCUCGAGGGAAAGAACGUUUGGGAAGUAGUUGAAGAAGGAAAGAGCCAAAUGGGAUCAAUGGCCGUUGCCGCCGCCCCAGCAGCCACUUCUGCUGAAGCUCCAAAAGAAGAGAAUAAGGAAGAGGAGAAAAAAGAAGAGAAAAAAGAGGAAGCCGAAGAAGAUUUCGGUGGGUUUGGAGAUCUUUUCUAA